GACAACUGUUCCAGUGUCACCACUCCAAUAUUAGAGAGAGAUUACCUCUCACCAAUGUAUGGUCUGGAAUUUACCAUUGGCUUCAUUGGCAACCUAGUGGUGGUCCUAGGCUAUAUCUUUUGCCUCCCUGCUUGGAAGUCCACAAAUGUGUACCUGUUUAACCUGUCUGUUUCUGAUCUCAUCUUCCUGUGCACUUUACCCGAGCUGUCCUACAACUACGCUCACAACCAGAAGAAAUUCAAUUCUUCACUAUGUGUGGUUAAUCGCUACAUCCUCCAUGUGAACUUGUACUCCAGCAUCCUUUUCAUGAUGUGGGUAAGUGUGGACCGGUUCUUGUUGCUGUGUCACCCACAGCGAGAACACAUCCUGUUGACUGUCAAGGCCUCGUUGUGCAUCACCAUACUGAACUGGAUCUGGGUGAAUGCUCAAAUCGCUCCCCUCAUUGUCUUCAUUAUCCAGGACUUGGAGGAAAAUGGCUGGACAGUGUGUCGUGAUUUUGCGAGUCUGGGAGUGGCCAAAGUUACUCUGAUCUACAGUGUAGUCCUCACCAUAACUGGAUAUGUGAUGCCACUGGUGGGUUUGUUUCUAUCGUCACAGAGGAUGGUUUCUGUACUCGUGAAAAGAGAGGAGAUGCGUGGGACAUCCUUCCAAAGACCAGUAAGAAUCGUGAGGUCUGCAGCAAUCAUGUUUCUGGUGCUCUAUACACCCCUCCAUAUAAUGAGGAUUGUGCGUCUUGUAUCUCGACUUCCUGAAUUAAAUUUGUCACGGUGCAUCAUGGACUACAUCAAUUCGGUUUUCAUAGUGACACGGCCAAUUGCAUAUGCCCACAGUGCCAUCAACCCUGUGUUUUACUUCCUCAUGACAGACAGCUUUAAAGAAGCACUGCAAGACAAGUGGAGGCAGAUUAAAAGGAUGCUAAUGACUGCACCAUAAGCAAGUCUGACCUAUCAAACAAGGACAGUACUAACAACUAACAACAAUUGCCUUGCUUUCGAAUCUGACUAUGGUGUACAAUUAUUUACAGAUGGGUGACAAAUUAAAUUACUUAGUUUGUUUUGAUGAUGGUAGUAAGCACUGUCUAACACUGGCAAUUGUGUUGAGAUCUGAUGACUGUGAAGGCCAUAGCAUAUGAUUUACUUUUUAAUACUCAUUAAACCAUUCAGUAAGCCCUUGUGCCCUGUGGAUGGGGUGCUGUCUUCUGGAAAGAGACCACUCCCAGCAGGAUAGAAAUCUUUAACCGUAGAAUAAAGGUGAUCAGUCAGAAGACCUCUAGUGAAUGCAGAGAUUAUUUUCUCUAAGGCAGACAAAUUCAAACUCAAACUCUAGAUUUUAUUUCACAUUAUUUUCCAUCUUACUUGCACCCCACCUGCAAUUCUUUUGCCCCACAGUUUGAAUACCUCUGCUCUAAGGCAACAAAUGGAGCCAAAUCACACCAGUAUCCUACUGCAUAACAGAGGCACUAGAUUUUCCUUUAAUUUUUCACCCUUCUGUAUGUAUGUAUAUAUGUGAGAAGGAGAAAGAGAAUUGUAGAAAAAUUGCAAUGUAGCACAAAGUUUACAAAGAAAUAGAAUGUUUCAGAUAAAAGUUCUUUAUUGAUCUUUAUCAGUUGUGCAAGCAAACACUGUGUGCUAUCUGUAGAAUACAUUUAUUAAUGAAGUAACAUUGUUCCCUGUUUUCUGUCUUGUGAUUAUAUUCACUAUAUAUCAUUAUAUUCUGUAACUUAUUUAAAACAAUUCUUAGUACUUGGUAAAUUUAAAUGUUACAAUUAGCCAAAAAUAAAAUACAGAAAUGUAAAAUAG